UUUGUAGGUGUGUGUGUGUAUGUGUGAGAGAGAGAGUGUGCGUGUUUGUGUGAGGACACCUGAGGAUCUGAUAGCACUGUUGUUCCCACUGUUGAAGUCUUGAACGACUGAAUAAAGCUUGUUUGUGUGGGGACAAUGAAGGAAGCUAGAGAAUAAGGGCUGUGGAUAUCAGGUCUCCAGUUUCCCCCUUUGUCUGAGGACACAGAAACUCCACCCUGAAACACAGCAGCAAGCAGCUAUCUUCUCACAGUUAGACCCAGGAACAUUAGACCGGAGCAAAUCCAUCAUCAGGCAGGUGUAUCUGCAGCACAUACAAGACUGGAGUGUGGUUAAAUUUUCUGUGAAGCCAACUUUUUCUUUUUCUUAUUUCUUGAAUUUUGUGUAGAAAUCUGUUGCAGCAGCAUUUUCAUGGCUUCUCAGGGCCUCCAGAUCUUGGGUGUUUUACUGGCCUUCUUUGGUUGGCUGGGCGCCAUCAUCACCUGCAGUUUGCCCAUGUGGAGAGUCACCGCUUUCGUGGGGGCGAAUAUCGUCACUGCCCAGGUGAUCUGGGAAGGCUUGUGGAUGAGCUGCGUGGUCCAGAGCACGGGGCAAAUGCAGUGUAAGAUGUACGACUCCAUGCUGGCUCUGCCUCCGGACCUGCAGGCUGCCAGGGCCAUGGUGAUCAUCUCUGUGAUUGUUGGGAUAUUCGGCAUCCUCAUGGCUGUGAUCGGAGGAAAAUGCACCAACUGCAUGGAGGAUGACGUGGCCAAAGCUAAAACCUGCAUUGUGGCUGGAGUGAUAUUCAUAAUAACUGCCUUGCUGAUCUUGAUUCCUGUGUCAUGGUCAGCUCAUGCAGUAAUCAGCGACUUUUAUAACCCCCUAUUGGUUGAGGCAAAGAAGGAGCUUGGAUCUUCACUUUACAUAGGCUGGUGCUCUGCUGCUGUCCUGCUGCUGGGAGGUGGUCUUCUCUGCAGCAGCUGUCCCCCAAAAGAUGGUGGCAGACCCUACAUACCUGCCAAAUUCACACCUGUAAGAAGUGUAUCUUCAAAUGUUGACUAUGUUUAAGUGUCUCAGCUACAAUGCUAAUAAAAAGGCACAACAGUAUACUCGAACAAUUCUCAAGGCUGAAGGCAGUAAAAAAAACAGAUCACAUUUUACUACAUUUAAUAGGUUUCAUACAUGUCUUGAUCAUAUCUUGAUUCUUUUUUUUAGUA